AUGAAGUUGCAGGUGGUUGGCGCUGCCCUCCUCUCGGCCUCUUCAGCAUUUGGUGCUGUCAUCAAGCGGGAUGCUGCACAGUUCAAGACUGGCCAGCCAAUUGACGGCAAAGGCAAAGGUGCACCCAUCCUGGGUGGGACCAACCAUCAAAUUGAUUUGGCCAACCCUUCGAACCUUGGAGAGCAAAGCACCGACGCGGGCACGGUACCCAAUCUGAAGUGGCGCUUCUCUGACUCCAAGACCAAGAUUUUCCCUGGUGGUUGGGUCCGAGAACAGGUCAUCCAGGAUCUGCCUCAGAGCCAUGACAUCGCAGCCGCGCAGCAGCAUCUGAAAAAGGGCGCCAUUCGAGAACUACAUUGGCAUCGAGUGGCUGAGUGGGGCAUCGUGUAUACCGGACGUGUCCUCGUCUCCGCUGUUGAUGAGAACGGCAGAUACCAAGUUGACGAGCUCGGGUACGGUGACAUCUGGUACUUCCCCAAAGGUCAGGCGCACACCGUUCAAGGUUUGGAUGAUGAGAACGAGUACCUAUUGGCCUUUGACGAUGGCGACUUCGACAAAGUAGGGACCACCUUCAACCUUGACGACUGGGUUGCGAAGACCCCGAAGUCAAUUCUCGCAAAGAACUUCGGUGUUCCGGAAUCCGUGUUCGACAAAGUCCCGGAGAAGAACCCCUACAUUCAGAACGGGACCGCGAGUACACAUAAUGUCACUGGUGGCAACGGCGAGCUUGCCGGAAACAGCUCUUAUGUGUAUCACACUUUUCAGCACGAGCCCGAGCCGGUCCCUGGUGGUGGUGGCGUCUUUUAUAAGAUCGAUUCCACCAACUUCCCAAUAUCGACGACAAUCGCUGCAACCUUUGUGACUCUCGAGCCGAAAGGCCUCCGUGAGCUGCAUUGGCAUCCUACGGCCGAAGAGUGGUUGUACUUUCACGAGGGCGAGGGCCGCGCGACAGUCUUCAUCGGUGCGAGCAAUGCUCGCACUUUCGACUUCUCUGCAGGAGAUACAGCUGUGUUCCCUGACAACAGUGGUAAGCGCAACCUAGUGCUUUCCUCUGAUCAUACGAAGCUCACGACUGCAGGUCAUUACAUUGAGAACACUUCAGCCACCAAGAAUCUGACCUGGAUUGAGCUGUACAAGAGCGAUCGUGUAGCGGACAUUUCUCUCGCGCAAUGGCUGGCGCUCACCCCAGCGGACGUCGUCGCCUCUGUUCUCAAGAUUGACAUCAGCGUAGUGGAGGACCUGAAGAAGGAGAAGCAAGUUCUGAUCAAGGGAAGCUGA